AUGCAAUUCUCCCAACUUCUCAUUACCGUCAUGGCACUCAUCACCACCACAAUCGCCAUGCCCCUCGAAGCCCGUGAAGCCGUAGGUCCCAGUAAGUCCUAUCCCCAACAGACCCCUCAAGCACGCUUAUAACUAACAAAUCUUCACACCCAGUGAUACCAGGAUCCCCAUGCCCUUACAUCCCUCCUUCCGUAUACCAAUACUGCUGCUUCGACUCUAUCCAAGGUCCCGGUGAACCAGCUUGUUUCGGACACUUCAGACAUGGAGAUUGCUGCCCACCAUGAUCAAUCAGCGCUCUCAUUUCGUGGUAAUUAG